AUGCCGGGGUUCGAGCUAGCGCCCGCGGACGGGGGCUGCCCGGUGGCGCUGCAGCCCGGCCAGACAGUGCUGGGAAGAGGCCCCCUGCUGGGAAUUACAGAUAAGAGAGUAUCCCGAAAACAUGCCAUAUUGGAAGUGGUGGGUGACCAGCUUCGCAUCAAACCGGUCCAUGUAAAUCCUUGUUUUUAUCAAUCACCCGAGAAUAGCCAUCUAUUACCAUUGGAAACAGAUGAAUGGCACUCUUUGAGCCCAGGUGACAGCUUUUCCCUGUUAAUAGACAAAUACAUUUUCAAGGUCCUCUCUACACACUCAGAUGUGGAAAGCACACUAAGGAAAAAUAGCAAGAUUGCUGCAGAUGAAACAGCAAAUAAAUCCUCUUCAAGUGGUCAUCCUAUCAAGAUGUCUUGUGAUCCAUCUUUAGUAGAAUUAACUUCAUGUUCCAAUAACAACAUACAAGUGAAAGCACAUUCUCUAUUGGAAAGGACAGCAGAAAUUCCAAAAAAUGAGACUUCUUCCAAGAGUUCGUUGUUUUCUGCUAGUUGUAAUGAAAGUGAGGAGCUAAAGCCUGUCUGGAGGAAAAGAAUGCUUCCAUCUUGGAUGUUGCAAGGAGACCUCAUGGUUCAAAGUCUUUCAACUCCAGUCCCUAAAAGAGGUGGUGGAGUAACAAGAGGCAGAGGGAGAGGAAAAAGCGAUAUGGAACCAUCAAAGUCAAGAGCAAAUGUGCAGGGGAGAAAACGGUUAGCUUCUGAAGAGCAUUUAGGGGAUUUCAAAGAGAUGGAACAGGAUCAGGGAAAAAAGAGCAAAACUACUGAAGAGGAAGCUACUGUCCCCCCAUCAUGGGAUGCAUCGGGAAUACCUCUUGCCAGGGCUAUGAGGAAAGUGGAAGAGAAUGAUAACAAGACUGUGUCACAAAAGAUUGAAAGUUCUGUGGCGAAAAGUGAUUGUCAGCUCCACAGCAAGAGGUCUGAACACAGGCUAGAUGCAAAAAGCCAGCUCUCCACUGACACAAAUAAAAUGAAUAAAAGGGAAAACAACGAUGAGGUUAUCCAUUCUGCAAGCCAACAGAUUCACCAGGACAAGCCAUCCCACUCUCAUGUUCCCCUAGCUGAGACUCAAGAGCUUGAUUUAAAUCAGGAUCCUGAAGCUGAAGAAUUUAACUCAGCCAGAAGCACAGAUGCUCUAAAGAGUUCUAAACAAACCAAGCAGAACAGGGCACCCUGCAUGUAUGGGUCAGGUUGCUACAGGAAGAAUCCACUUCAUUUUCAGCAGUUCAGUCACCCUGGUGACUGCGAUUAUCAUGACGUGGAGGUUGUAAGUCAAGAUGACGAUGACAGGCCUGAAUGUCCAUAUGGAACUACUUGUUAUAGGAAGAAUCCACAGCACAAGCUUGAAUACAAGCACACUGCACCUCCAGAAACUGAAACAAGAAGAACUAGACAGAAAACUACUAAAAGCGGAAAAAGUGUUUUGGAGGAGGACAGCGAUAAUGAUGGUGAACCGAAUGAAUAUGACCUGAAUGACAGCUUUCUAGAUGAUGAGGAGAAAGAGGAGUAUGACCCUACUGAUGAAGAUUCCGAUUGGGAGCCAGAUCCUGAAGACAAAGAUAACGAAGAUGUUGAAACACUUUUGAAAGAAGCACAAAAAUUUAUUAAAACCAAAAAGUAGUUUUGUCCAAAUGAUGUGAAGUACUUACAACGUACCUGUUUACAGGAUUGGUGGCGGUUUGGGGAAUGACUUUGAAAGCCAACUUUACCCAUGCUUGAGACACUACAAACAAGGAUUUUUAAUGAGGAAAAAAUGAGCAACAGCUUCCUUUUCUUUUGAUACACAUUGUUUUGCCUUCGAUUUUUUAGCUGAUGAAGUCAAAUCAUAAAGUCUGGGAUUAUAUUGUGGUUUAAUUGAAGAUUUUUUUAAAAAAAGUCUCUUUUCUGAGUCUUUUCCAACUUCUUCACAGCUCAUAUUGUCAGAGGGAGGAUUAAUGGAUUGGAAUGUAGCUAUUAACAUUCCUCAUGAAUAUCUUUCUAUGCUUGCAAAAAAAUAAGGAUUGUAGACCUACCUUAGGGAGGUGUAUAGUUUUGCUAAGGUGUAAUAUAUUCCAUGCUAAA